AUGUUUGAGGUGCCCGAUGCAAAGAGAGUCCGCCGAGAGGAGUUGCAUGCUUCAGAUGAGUCCUCGUGGAGCGAGAGUGAAGUAGACGCCGAGCUGGAAGCAAGACUCAAUGCGCAAAUCGCCAAGUCACUGGGCAUAGACGAGAGCGCCUUUCGUCCACCGCAGCCUCCAACUGCCUUGCCUGUGCUUGAACCGCCACAGACAAAUGGCAAAUCAGCAAAUGAAGCUCUCGGCUCGGAUUCAGAAAGCGAGCCAGGCACUCCAGUUGACGAUUCUACGCCCGACGACGACGACGACGAUGGCGAAGCCGAGGAUGAAGAGGGCUAUGCAUUCCGGCUCUUUAGCACGGCUGGCCCGGCGCCGAAAGUCGUUCUGGAGGACUACGACAAGGUAGUUGAAGGAAAACUCCUCAGGGGCCCGCCGUUGUCAUAUUACUUGGCGACAGACGUGUCACCCGAGAAGAGGCACGAGUAUGAGGUGGCAGCCGUGAGCGGCGAAGACGUCCUUGCGCGGUCCAAAGUGCGGCACUGGGGCCUUGAGAUGCCCUGGAAGGUCACAAGCAUUAAAGUCACAAGAAAGGCCCGCCCUGGAGAGGUAGCAAAUCGCGCGCAAGUUGAAAGCGAGCAGCAGGCGAGGAGAAAGCGGCCGGGGAAGAAGAGCAGAAUCGCGAUGCGGAAAAAGGCAAGGGCGCAGGCGCAGGCGGAGGAGGAGGCGAAGAAGAAGAUGGCGGACAAGGAGGAGCAGAUCAAGGAGAAGAAGAAGCGGCUGAACCGGCUGAAGAAGCUGAGGAGGCGGGCGCAGAAGAAGGCGGAGAAGGGCGAGAAUGGUGAGGGUGGUGGUGGAUCGGGAGAGGGUUCUUCGGACGAGGAGUGA